AUGGCCACAAGCGUGAACUCCACGUUCCUGUCAGCGCCAUCUUCGAGCAACAAAGUUCUUUGGGGUUGGCAAUCAAACUCUGAUCCUUGCAAUGAUCAACAGCAGAAACAAUGGAAGAAUUAUUCUGAUUUAGAAUGUGAGUUAAUUGAAGAACGUUAUCAGAAGAAACAGCGAGAAGUCGAACUGGGAGGUACCCAUCUGAUUGAUUUCACACGAAUGGUGCAAACGCGUAAAGAUAAUCGUCAUCGAACAAGAAGAGUGAAACGAGAAGUAAUUGAUGCCAUUCGAUAUACACGAGAAGAGAGAUUGUGUUAUCUUGAGUAUAGCAUCCCACAAUCAUUCGGCUAUAUAGAUGGAUGGAUUAUGUCGCAAUUUAUCCGUGACUGGAAGAAGAAAAACGCUUCAAUAUGUGAUAAUGAGCACGUGACUGCAAUUGUAGAGCAAGCUGCUCAAGAUAAACUUACGAUAAAAAAAGAGAGUAUCAUCAAAGAAGGACAGUUACUAGGAAAAGAGUUUGAUGGUCAAUUGAUUGCAGAUCAGUUGCGUAAGGUAAAAAAUAAAAGUUUGUAUGAAAUCUGGAAACGUUGCGUUCGUCUCUACUCAGCCGAAACAUUUCUUUAUAAAUUGGUUAAUUCAACAAUGAGAAGUGAAGACGAAAGUAAAUUGGAUUCUUUAGGUGCUUACUGUUCACUAUUAAGAUGUGGACUGUCUUCAACAAAUUCUGCGGUUUCUCCGACACCGCUUCGGCUUUAUCGUGGUGCACAGUUAACUGAGAAGACGAUCGGUGAAUAUCAACGAAAAUCUGGAUCACAGAAGGCAAAGUUAGAUGACUGGAAGAAAAAUCGAAGUCAUGGUGCAUAUAAAGAGAAAUUUUCAAAUACAGUGAUUCGCAAAACGGAAUUUUCAGAUCAAAAACCAGUUAUACCCGAUAAGCCAAAAUCACCGAAACGGCCGACGCGCGAUUUCAGGGAAGUAGGAGCACGUCAGAAGCGACGAAAACUAGCAGAUCUAAAUUCGGAACUAGACGAUUUUGCAAGGGAUAAUAAUAUAGACGUGAAUCAAGUUAUUGGCUACCUUUUAUAUCAAAGAAAUCACCUGACAAAUAAAUAUCUUGCUAGAAUAGGCGAUGAGUUAUACAAAAUCGGAAACAUAGUCGAAGAAGCUCGCACAAAUCUCGAUCUUGAUCAUGCGUUAGCUCUCAAAAUUCACGUAAAUAUGAGCUGUUAUGACAUGGAUUUUGUUAAAAAUUAUUUGACUGAGUCAAUUCAUAUACCGAAUCGAAAUCUUAUCAGGGAACAUUCUCAAAGUUUACUACCAGUCGUUGAAGAAUGCAGAGGAGGAGGAAUUAUGAUUGAAAAAGUGCGCGACGGCAUUCUUCUGACAGUGAAAAGACUCAUCGAUCACUUACUCAAACAGAAUAUUUCUCUCUCUACGAAUUUACUAUAUCGACAGGAAAGUGGACAUGAUGGAGCCGGUGGGCAAAGCGUGUACAGAGCGAAUGAAAAUCCCAUGAGUGGUCCCAGUAUAUUUUCUAAAAUGAUGGUUCCACUUUCUCUUACCGAUAGUACUACAGGAGAGCCUUUCUGGCAAAAUCAAGCACCGAACAGUGCAUUUUGGGCAAGACCUAUGGCCUUGAUAGCUGAAAAGGAAAAUGCGGAUCUCAUCGUUUUGUAA